AUGCAGGGCUGGUGUGGCCUCAGUAGGCGCCAUCUAAAUAGACAGAGGUCCUGUGCAUUCAAGAGGCUUCGUGUAAACCGGAAAGUGCGCGUACACUGCAGAGAGGAGAGUCCCGACGGACUAAAGAGGGUGUUGGGAGCAGACAGGGAGAUCGCCUCCACGCAGUCCCUCAACCCGGGGCCCGCGAGGCGGGAGGCAGGGCCAGCAGCCGACCCACGCGCCGUGCAGCCGCCGGGCGCUGCCGCGGAGCCGGGUGAGCGGGAAAGCACCGCAGGGGGGGCGGGGGCGGCGGGCCGAUGGAUGGACACACCCGCCAGCGCUCCGCCCGGGCCGCGCGCGCGGCUGCGGGGUAUCCCUGAGGCCCCCGGGAGCAGCGCCGGGUGCCCGGCCGGGGGCGCCCCGCCUCCCCCACCCGCCACCCCCGCCCACUCGGGCGCCGGUGAUUGGCUCCGCCCGCCCCUGGCUGCGCGCCGAAGCCCGCCUCCCUCACAGCUAAAGCAGACGGUACCCGGAGCGGAGCGAGCCAGAAGGGAGCAUGGUCCCCGCGCCGCGGCCGCGCCAGCCCCCGCGCCGCCGCCGCCGCCGUCCCCGCCGCCGCGGACCCAGCUGCAGCUCCAGCCCCGGCCCCGGCCCCGCAGCGCCCGCCAGCAGCCCCGGCGGCCGCCUUGCCUGAGUGCAGCCCCCGCCCGGAGCCCGAGCCCGGAGCCCGGAGCCAGCCCAGCCCCGCGGCCGCCGCGGCUGCGGGGAGAGGGCGGGGGCGAUGCUGCCGGAGCCGCCGCCGCCGCCGCCGCCUCGGACCCGAGCGGCCCCAGCUACCGCUACCCGCCGGCGCCGUCCGCUAUCCAUCAGCCCUCCUGCGCCCACCAGAGACCCCCGGCUCUCUGCGCGUUGGGUCGGGGCCGGAGCCCCGCGGCUGGAGGUAAGAGCCAGUCUAGAGCGCCACGGAUGCGGCUCCGGAGACCCAGUGUCCUGGCGGCAGCGCGGGGCCGUGCCGGGCUUGGGAGCGGGGCCCGAGAACCCGGAACGCUGGGCUCGGCUCCCGCGGUGGCGGCGGCGCAGGAGCCUCCCGCGUCUGGACUCGCCAGGCUGCAGGAGCCCCUGCGCCUGCGCUGCUCCAGGGGGGAAACGGGGUAA